CCAUGCGCACUGAGCGUUGAGUGGACAGCCCACCUUCUGGGUGUUCGGACGUUUCACAGACGCCAGCAGCGAUGCGGACGCCUCUCCCAGUAUUCUCGCUCUUGUUAGUUUCGUUCUUUUAUGAAUGCACAGUUUGCCCGAGGAUCUGCCGAUGUUCCUCCGAGACGAUAAGAUGCAAGCUUACAGCAGAGGCGGGAAAGGACCAGCGGAACAAAAGACUGUUUCUUUAUCACCUUUCUUUUAAAACUAUAUCAAGCCAUUCUUUUGAGGAUUUGAGAGGAGUUCAGAGGAUUGCGAUUGCUCAAAGUGUAACCCUGGAAACCAUUGAAGCGUUAGCGUUCAGCAAUCUUCUCAACCUUUCUGAGAUUUCAAUUCAAAAUGCAAGGAGUCUGAUGCACAUUGACAGAAGAGCCUUCAACAACCUACCAAAUCUUCGCCUCUUGAGCAUCUUAAACACUGGAAUAACCCUCUUCCCUGAUGUUACAUCAAUCACUUCUUUCAAAUCAGACUUUAUUCUGGAAAUAUGCGACAACAUUCAUCUGCUUGAAGUGCCUCCAAAUGCUUUCACUGGAAUGACUGAGGGUUAUGCUACAUUGAAUCUCUACAACAACGGUAUCAGAGGAAUACACAAUCAUGCCUUCAAUGGGACAAAGAUAGAUAAGCUGGUGCUGAAGAAUAAUCGAAACCUUGAAAUAAUCCACAGAGAUGCUUUCCAAGGAGCCACUGGUCCGGAGGUCUUGGAUGUUUCUGCAACAGCUCUCAGAAGGUUACCUGCUCAUGGACUGGAGUCGGUUCUGGUGUUGUUCGCUCAGUCAGCGUACGAUUUGAAAAGGUUGCCUCCUCUGAAGGGAAUGGGCAGCCUCCGAGAGGCCCAUCUCACCUACAAUAGCCACUGUUGUGCCCUUCUGAGCUGGAGCCCUCACAGGGACUUCUCAACUAAAGCUCCAUGGGAUAAUUUUUCUACAUCUUGUAAAGAAGGGAAUCCAUCAGCAAGAUUUCAGAGGGUUAUUGGAGGCACAGGUGACACACCUCCGCUAGGGGGUUGGUCGUUUUAUUCUGACUCUGACCUGCAAGACACCGCCUUCCAAGAUGUGGAUGAUCUCUAUUCUCAGCUGGUGGACUUCUGCCGCUCAAUCAUCUGCACCCCUGAAGAGGACGCCUUCAAUCCCUGCGAGGACCUUGCUGGGUUCAGUUUUCUCAGAGUUGCUAUUUGGUUCAUCAACAUACUUGCUAUCACAGGCAACCUGAUGGUGCUGCUGGUUUUCUUUAGCAGCCGAAACAAGCUAACCGUGCCUCGCUUCCUCAUGUGCCACCUGGCCUUUGCUGACCUCUGCAUCGGUGUCUAUCUUCUGGUGAUCGCUACGGUAGACCUGAGGACUCGUGGUCAUUACAGUCAACACGCCAUCGAGUGGCAAACCGGACCUGGCUGUAAUGCUGCAGGCUUCCUGUCUGUGUUUGGCGGCGAGCUGUCAGUUUACACGCUGUCCACCAUCACCUUGGAGCGCUGGCACACCAUCACCAACGCUCUGCAUGUAAAGCGCCAUCUGGUCCUGACAAAGGCUGCAGGUAUAAUGGCAGCGGGUUGGUUUCUGUGUCUGGGGAUGGGGAUGCUACCCCUGGUUGGCGUCAGCAGCUACACCAAAGUCAGCAUGUGCUUACCCAUGGACAUAGAGACCCCUCUAGCGCAGACUUUCAUCAUCAUCAUCCUGCUCCUCAAUGUGGGGGCCUUCAUCGUCGUGUGCGUUUGCUAUGUGCUUAUUUACUUGGCUGUGAAGAACCCAGAGGUCCCUGAGAGAAGCGCGGACACCAGGAUAGCAAAACGAAUGGCUGUGCUCAUCUUCACCGACUUCCUCUGCAUGGCGCCCAUCUCCUUCUUUGCUAUUUCUGCUGCCUUUAAGUUUCCUCUCAUUACUGUCACCAACUCCAAGAUUCUGUUGGUCCUCUUCUUCCCCAUCAACUCAUGCGCCAACCCCUUCCUGUAUGCUAUUUUCACAAAGGCCUUCAGAAAGGACGCCUAUCAGCUCAUGAACGCAAUGGGAUGCCGUAAAAGCAAGGCCAACAUUUAUCAUUUGAAGGCCUGCUGCUCCGAAAAUGCAGUGAAUAGCAACUUGAGAUCCAACAAUAAAGACGCACAUACUGGAGUGAACAUGGCUCCCGUAUCACAACAGGAUCUGCAACGUAAGGAUGAGCAGGAGAUAACCUGAAGACAGAAAGGGACAAAAAUAUCUGGACAUGAAGGACCUCUGGAGGUUAGGGAAUGUUUUGAUUUUAAUGGGAUUCCUUUCUUGUUGUCAUAACUCUGUAUAUGACGCUCCACUGUUAAAUACUUACUAUUUUUAUAGGUUACUAUCUAAAACAUCAAUGUAAUCCUCUGACAUAUGAUGGAUUUCUUCUCUGUCAGAUCAAAAACCAUGCAAGUCUACAAUGAAAUACCAGCAAUUCAUUAUUCAUGAACCUUCUCGUUUAUCAGAUCUACAAUGCCUUGCAAAGGUAUUUAAAUCCCUCAGAGAUUUGUUAAAUUUGUCAUGGUUAGACUUAAAACUCGACUUAAAACAGCAUUAUCAGGAUUGUAUCUGAUAAAUGAACACAAAGAAGUAAAAAUCUUGGUUUUAUAGUUUUAGAAGUAAAAAUCUGAAAAGUAUAGCUUGCAUUUGUUUUCAGUCCCCCUUUACUUUCAUAUUGCUAAAUAAAAUCCAGUGCACUGAGAAGUCAGCUAAGUAACAGAGUCCAGUAUCGUCGAAUUUAAUGUCAGAGUAAAGAUGCCUGUUGUGUGAAGGCUUCAGAUAUUUGUUUCAGAAAACUAAAAGAAAACUGACAGAGCUGGGGUAAGACUGGAGGAGCUGCAUCAAUCCACAAUAACAGCUGUCCACAGAAAAUGGGGGAUUCAUAUGAGGAGGAAGGUGCUCUGAUGACAUGAGUCCAAAACUGAUCUUACUGAGAUACAAGGUGGUGGCAGCAGCAUGCUGUGGGGACAAAGUUAGGUGGUAAUUAGUUACAUUUACUUGAGUAACCUAUCGAAAAAAAAAAAAACUUUUCCAAGUACUACUUUGUACUAUUACUUGACUUUUAUUAUGAAGUACUGCUACUCCUGAGUAAAAUUUCUGGAUACUGUACCAGUAAUCUCACUUUUUGUUUAAAUCAAAAAUUCUCCAGACACUGACACACAUCUGCAGUGUCUGUUAAAGUUUUAUAUAGAAAGAAACUGAUUUGGAAAAAUGUUUAUUUUGCCUGAUUUUUGUUAUUUUGUAUG